AGGCCAAUGACUUCGUACCUUAUCCUCCUCGCUUGCAUCAUCAAAGCUUCUACCGACGACUUGGAUGCAAGCGUACUUGCUACUGUUGUUGCUCCGCAGAUACCCGAAAGUCGUCUAAUAGGUGGUAUUGAGACUGAACCGCACCAAUGGCCAUGGACGGUGCAACUAACAUAUCGAGGUGCACAUCGAUGUGGUGGUGCACUAAUCGACAGCGAAUUCGUUGUGACAGCAGCGCAUUGUUUUUCGAAGGAUCGAGAUCCGGAAAUGUAUCGCGUCCACGUUGGCGUGCACAAAUCCGGCGGUGGUAGAGCUCAUUUCGUUCAGAGGAUUUCCAUCCACCCGCUGUUCAACCUCCUAUGGCCGAGUUCGUACGAUAAUGCACCUGUCUUUAGAAUUACACCUCCCGCUAACAGAAAUGUGAGUACAAUCUGUUUGCCAUCAACUCCUUCAGUCACUCAUCAAAUGUGUAUUGUAACAGGUUGGGGAUUGACUUCUGAAAACGGACGGAAGGCGGAUGUGCUUCGAGAGAUUCAUGUUCCUAUCAUACCAUUCGCACAAUGCAACGAUCUCGCUCAUUAUGCUGGACGGAUUCAUCUACCUUCCAUGUUAUGUGCUGGCUACACCCAAGGCAUAAUUGACUCAUGUCAAGGAGAUUCGGGUGGACCGUUGAUGUGUCCAAUAUUGGGUCGAUGGGAACUGCACGGAUUGGUGAGUUGGGGAAUAGGAUGUGGUCGAGCGGGACAUCCCGGGGUGUACGCAAAGGUCGACGCUGCUCUCCCGUGGAUUCUGAUCGAAAUGAAUAUUCUGCGACAAUAA